GAGUCAAGACGGAACACAGGAGACGACGGGAGCGAAAACUGAAAAGCCCAAAGCCAAAGCCAAACAUCAGCGCAGCGCCAGGCCAGCAAAAGCAAACCCCGAGCUUCGUGUUCGUGCUUCUUGCUAUCGCGUAGAAAGAACUUAGAACGAAACGAACUUGCUUCUCUUCUCGCUACCGAUCCGAAUCCGAUGAAAAUCAAAAUAGUUUAAAGUAUUCAUCUGUUUCUGUCGUCGUCGGGGUCGGGCACAGUGUUAAUUUUUCAGUCGAAUUUUCUCAAACAUGAAACUUCACAAAACUGCUAACUAUUUAUGCUGUCCUGAACGCCAGAUCAAAUCGUCGGCGUCCUCAACGUAAUUAAAAAAUAAUAAACAAUUAAACACACCUUUAUAAUACUAAAUAAUACUUAAUUAAAAAUUUAAACCAAAGUUAAACUACCAACAGCAAAUAGAAACUAAUCCAAUUAUUUAAUUUAUUUAAAUUAUUCCUAUAAUAUUGUUGUAGUACUUACUGCCUUGUUAUAAAUUUUUAAAUUUUAAUUUGUUUUUUAUUUUUAAACAAAAUUUGAAUUUAGAGCAAAGCUCUUUUCUUUCGAAUUUAUACUUAAAUUCUUCUAAAGAUUUAAAGAUAUUUCAACGUUGUUUGCUCUUUUAAGAGGCUUUAAAAAAAACAAAUUUUUCAUACAACCACUUAUCUCAGCAAUGAAGAUUUCAAAAAUGAAAUUCAAACGCAAAUAUGGUUGUUUAAAUGUUUGAAAUACACUUCGAAGUAUUAUCUAAAUUUUAAGUUUUUUUGGUUUGUGUAUUUAUGAACUGUUGUCAAUCAGGAUUGUUAUUCGGACACCUUUAACCUAAGCAAAAGACCCACAUUUUUAUUUGAACAUUUUUUCGUUAUUCUUCGUAACAAAUUAAAUUCAUAUUAAUCUACAUAAGAAAAACAACGUGUUGCUUAUUAUUUCUGUUGGGAUUAAAUACACUCUGAUAAAAUUAACAAAACGCAUUAACUUAAUAAAAAAACAAUAACUUAAAAAAAAAAACAAACAUGGAUCCUUAUUCACCGGAACUUUUGUGGAUGGUCAUAAUUGGCUUUAUAAUUGCAUUCAUUUUGGCUUUUGGCAUUGGUGCGAACGAUGUUGCGAAUUCAUUUGGAACGAGUGUUGGUUCUGGUGUUUUGAGCAUUCGGCAGGCGUGCGUUUUAGCCACUGUUUGUGAGAUAUCGGGAGCUGUACUUAUUGGAUAUAAAGUUUCGGACACAAUGCGAAAAGGAAUUCUUGAAGUCGGUUUAUACGAGGGUUCGGAAACCGAACUUAUGCUGGGUUGCAUGUCCGCUCUGGCAAGCAGUGCUGCAUGGCUUCUAGUUGCUACCUUUCUUAAGUUACCAAUUUCGGGGACACACAGUAUUGUAGGAUCGACUAUCGGGUUUAGCUUAGUAGCGCGUGGAACGCAAGGACUUAAAUGGUCAACGUUGGCGACAAUUGUUGGCUCUUGGUUUAUAUCGCCGGUUAUGAGUGGCAUCGUUAGCAUUUCGCUGUUUAUCCUUAUAAGAAAGUUCAUUUUACGAGCAAGUGACCCUCUGAAAGCAGGACUUGCCUCUUUACCAGUGUUCUACGGAGUAACCUUCUUUAUAAACCUAAUCAGCAUUGUUUUGGAUGGUCCUAAACUGUUAUACAUGGACAACAUACCGGCUUGGAUGGCAUUAGCUUCAAGUGUUGUUUUGGGUUUGGUUGUUGCACUUUUAACUCAAUUGUUUAUUGUUCCUCUGCAAGGGAGAAAAAUCAAGAGCAAAAUUCAAGCUACAAAACCAGUGAAGUUCAACUUUGAGGACUCAUUGGAAUCAUCCCCAUCGGGUAGUCCACGAAAAAAUCGACGUCCUGUUUCACUCGUCAGCGACGGGAAACAGCUGCCAGCUAUUGCUGAAAUAACCGAGCUUGUAUCGUUAACCGACAAUUCCCCAACAACUUUUAAGCUUUCGAUUUCCAAGGGCUAUGCAAACGAAAAAAGCUACAAAAUCAAUCCUGAUAUUGUGAAAAAAGCAGAGGAUCUAUUGGGAAAGGCUAGUCUUGAUAACACCGACCUAACCAUAACAAGUUUGAACUUUAUUGAUGAGCAGCAUAGUAAUGGCAACGGAAAUCCAAUGGUACCAAAUAGCAAACCACUUCAAGACUACUUUGUGAAAAAGGAAAAUCAACAAAAAUCGCCUGUGCUCACAGGCGAAAAUCAAAACAAAACUGCCAAUCCAGAUGCAACUGACUUGCUUGUUGAUAAUCCAGUUUCAACCAAUCAAUGUGCUUCCAAAAGUAAUGAUGAGCUUAAAGUAACUGAAAGUGGCUCGAGCUUAGAGCUGAUGAUCUCGUCAACACUGUCGCCCAAUUCUAGUAAAGUGCCUCUAAUAGAAAGCAAGGAUCUGAGUGAAUUUACAAUUCCUGCCAACAAUGGUGAAGAAACUGAAGAAGUGUCCAUGCUGUUCUCGUUUUUGCAAAUAUUGACUGCAACGUUUGGAAGCUUUGCGCAUGGUGGGAACGAUGUGAGCAAUGCCAUUGGACCCUUGAUCGCCUUGUAUAUGAUUUACCGAGAAGGUUCGGUUAUGCAGAAAGCUGAAAGCCCCAUUUACAUACUUAUAUUCGGUGGUAUAGGAAUUUCGAUUGGUCUGUGGCUGUGGGGUCGAAGAGUUAUUGAGACAAUAGGCAAUGAUCUAACAAAAAUCACAUCUUCAACCGGAUUUACUAUUGAAAUUGGCGCUGCAAUCACUGUACUACUGGCUAGUAAAAUUGGUUUGCCAAUUUCAACAACGCAUUGCAAAGUGGGUUCUGUGGUCUUUGUCGGAUAUGUGAGUUCGAAGGGCCAAGAAAACGAAAACGAAACGAGCAGCAACAGUAAACCAAGUUCCGCAUCUACUAAUUUAGAAAACGGAACAACGUCCACGAUAACACCUAAACCCAAAGGCAGCGUCGACUGGAAUCUGUUUCGAAACAUUGCUUACGCUUGGAUUGUAACAGUUCCCAUUACUGCUAUCCUCAGCGCAGCUAUAAUGUUCUGUCUAUGUAAACUUGUUUUGCCUAGUUAAUUCUGCACACUAAUAUUUAAAAGGCAAAAUAACUCAUAAAUUAAUUAAUUUAAAAUUAAGAAGAAAAAAUACUAGUUGUCCAUCAUUGUUAGCUUCAUACCAAAUCAUGUGCAGAUUUAAGAAAUAUUUUAUCAAUUUCAACAUAUUAUUAUUUUGAUAACAGUUUUAAUUAUUAUUUUUGCAUUUAAUUUAAAAAUGGUUUAAUAAUUAUAAGAAACAAAAAAAGAAAACAAAGUAAAGAAACGUUUUGUUAUAUUAAAAUUGUGUUUCAAAAAUGUUUGAAAUUAAAAAAAACAGUCAAGGUGUUUUGGAAUCUUAAUUCUCAAACGAGAAUCUUAAGUGUGUGAAAUUCUUUGUUUGAAGUUAUUUUUUUAUCGAACCAAAGAAAUAUUUUAAAAAAUUUAAGUUGGCACAUUUUGUCAAUUAUGUACGCGUUAGAUAGUUCGAGUACUUUCUAUGUUAACGACACUAACUUGUAGAUUGAUCCUAUUAAUUAAUAAAAUAACCUAAAAAUCCUACUGACCCGUAUAGUGAUAUUAUUUUUCUCUAUCCGCAUGUAAUAUUUAAAAUUGCGAAAAAAUCUCAGAAAUCAAGAAAUUAAAAAUAUUAUUUAUUUUCUUUUUAUAUAAUUAGAAUCUCUACACCUUGAUGAGAUAAAUGUUCCGUUUACACAUUUUUUUACCGUUAUGAUGUUAAAUUAGACAAAAAAAAAAACAUAUAUUUAUAUACUAUACAAAAAGUACUUAUUAUAUAAAAGGCGUUUUCUAACAUGUCAGUUCGGAUACAACUGCAUACAAAAGUUUUUACUUAAGAAAACAUAUUACAGCAGUUUGACUUGUAAAAAAUUGUCGUAUUAUUAUCACCACAUUGUUUCAUUUCACGAUCAUUGUAAUUAACUACUGUUAUAAACAUAAAACAAUAAAGACAUAUUGAAAACAA